AUGCUUCAUCCCCUUCACAGCUGCUUCAUCCCCUUCACAGCUGCUUCAUCCCCUUCACAGAUGCUUCGUCCCCUUCACAGCUGCUUCGUCCCCUUCACAGCUGCUUCGUCCCCUUCAAAGCUGCUUCAUCCCCUUCACAGCUGCUUCGUCCCCUUCACAGCUGCUUCGUCCCCUUCACAGCUGCUUCGUCCCCUUCACAGCUGCUUCGUCCCCUUCACAGCUGCUUCGUCCCCUUCACAGCUGCUUCGUCCCCUUCACAGCUGCUUCGUCCCCUUCACAGCUGCUUCGUCCCCUUCACAGCUGCUUCGUCCCCUUCACAGCUGCUUCGUCCCCUUCACAGCUGCUUCCAGCCGUCCUCUGCCCGCCUUUAGCAGCCGUCCUCUGCCCGCCUUUAGCAGCCGUCCUCUGCCCGCCUUUAGCAGCCGUCCUCUGCCCGCCUUUAGCAGCCGUCUCCUCUGCCUGCCUGUAGCAGCCGUCCUCUGCCCGCCUUUAGCAGCCGUCCUCUGCCCGCCUUUAGCAGCCGUCCUCUGCCCGCCUUUAGCAGCCGUCCUCUGCCCGCCUUUAGCAGCCGUCCUCUGCCCGCCUUUAGCAGCCGUCCUCUGCCCGCCUUUAGCAGCCGUCCUCUGCCCGCCUUUAGCAGCCGCCUUCAACAGCCGUCCUCUGCCCGCCUUAAGCUUCCGUCCCAUCACUUCACAGCACCAGCAGCCGCCUUUAGCAGCCGUCUCCUCCGCAUCUCCUCUGCUGAUCCUGUCGCCGCAUGCCUCUCCCCUACUCCCACCGCUGGUGUCACUGCGGGUGCCACCUCCAAUGCAGCAGCAGCAGCACCACCUCCCAACGCAGCAGCAGCACCACUCUCCCUUCAGCAGCAGCGCCACUACACCACUGCUCCUUUGCCCUUCUCCCCUCCAUGCCUUCUCCCCUCCAUGCCUUCUCCCCUCCAUGCCUUCUCCCCUCCAUGCCUUCUCCCCUCCAUGCCUUCUUCCCUCCAUGCCUUCUUCCCUCCAUGCCUUCUUCCCUCCAUGCCUUCUUCCCUCCGUGCCUUCUUCCCUCCAUGCCUUCUUCCCUCCAUGCCUUCUUCCCUCCGUGCCUUCUUCCCUCCAUGCCUUCUUCCCUCCAUGCCUUCUUCCCUCCGUGCCUUCUUCCCUCCAUGCCUUCUUCCCUCCAUGCCUUCUUCCCUCCAUGCCUUCUUCCCUCCGUGCCUUCUUCCCUCCGUGCCUUCUUCCCUCCGUGCCUUCUUCCCUCCAUGCCUUCUUCCCUCCAUGCCUUCUUCCCUCCAUGCCUUCUUCCCUCCAUGCCUUCUUCCCUCCGUGCCUUCUUCCCUCCGUGCCUUCUUCCCUCCGUGCCUUCUUCCCUCCGUGCCUUCUUCCCUCCAUGCCUUCUUCCCUCCAUGCCUUCUCCCCUCCAUGCCUUCUUCCCUCCAUGCCUUCUUCCCUCCGUGCCCUCUGCUCCAUUUUCCAUUCACCACCACGCUCUGCUGCUCCUAUCCUCCUCUGCGCUGCUGCUCCACGCCUCCUCUCCUCCACGCCCCUCCAUGCCUUCUUCCCUCCAUGCCUUCUUCCCUCCAUGCCUUCUUCCCUCCAUGCCUUCUUCCCUCCAUGCCUUCUUCCCUCCAUGCCUUCUUCCCUCCAUGCCUUCUUCCCUCCAUGCCUUCUUCCCUCCAUGCCUUCUUCCCUCCAUGCCUUCUUCCCUCCAUGCCUUCUUCCCUCCAUGCCUUCUUCCCUCCAUGCCUUCUUCCCUCCAUGCCUUCUUCCCUCCAUGCCUUCUUCCCUCCAUGCCUUCUUCCCUCCAUGCCUUCUUCCCUCCAUGCCUUCUUCCCUCCAUGCCUUCUUCCCUCCAUGCCUUCUUCCCUCCAUGCCUUCUUCCCUCCAUGCCUUCUUCCCUCCAUGCCUUCUUCCCUCCAUGCCUUCUUCCCUCCAUGCCUUCUUCCCUCCAUGCCUUCUUCCCUCCAUGCCUUCUUCCCUCCAUGCCUUCUUCCCUCCAUGCCUUCUUCCCUCCAUGCCUUCUUCCCUCCAUGCCUUCUUCCCUCCAUGCCUUCUUCCCUCCAUGCCUCUCCAAUGCUGCAUCUUUGUUCCUCUUCUCCACCUCCUUCCUCUCCUCUGCUGGUUCGCCUCCCCUUCUGCUGCAACUGCUGCUGCAAUCAGUAAUGUCACUGCGGGCCUCCUCGCCUCCUCUCCUCCUCGCCUCCUCUGGAGGCUGGAGGCGUCGUGA